UACGCGCGUCUGAAGGUCUCCUGGAGCUUCGUCAGGCAGUGUGUGUCUUGAAGACCGGACGACCAGACGUCGAAGUCAAGCGAGCCUCGUCCCCCCGUCUCAAAGGCGUUGAAGUGUAUGUCAUACACUGAGAUACAAAGAGACAUACUCUUCAAAGUUCACUGUAAAUAUGAUGAACGGUGAAACGAGAGGAACUCUCAAAGAACCUAAGUAGAAGACUUAGACAAAUAUAUCUGUUUUUCCCUUUGUAAAACAGAUAGGCUCGAAACCAAACGUUCUCUAACCUCUCCCGUCAACUGGACUUUUGGAGAAGUCUUUUUGUACCCCCAAGAGGCUUUCAAUCCUCAUUCGACAACGCACAGGAUGUCGAGUCUGCGCACCUGUCUGGCAUGCGUGGUUGUGGUGUGCGCUGUGGCCUGCUGCGCUGCUCAGCACUCAGCAGCCGACGGGCUGCACUCCAUGCUGAACCAACUAGUUCAGAACACGGGGUCAGAGGUCCAGUCUCUCUCCUACUGCCGGAUCUCCACUCGGGACCUGAUCUCCACGGCCCAGAGCACCGCCAACAGGGUCCUCCAGGGCGUCUGUAACCCCCGGGAGCUGAACGAGCGGUUCGUGACGCUGGAGAAGCAGGUGGCGGACCAAUUCAACGUUCUCAAGACCAUGGCUCUGAACAUCGAGGACCAGUUAAGGAGUCAGGACAAGCUGAUUAAGAAGCACCAAGACACACUACAACACGUCAUUAGAGUCGUCAGGAGUGGGAUGGCUGGCGGAGGAGCACCUUCAGAGUACCCAGACCAGCCUGGGGAGGGUGAGGACGCCGACUACAGCUCCGAGUACAGUCAACAGGAUGCGGAGCAGAGUCCCCGCCAGACAGAGAUCUACCACUUCAACUCGACGAUGCAUCGAGAGGAUGGGUGGAGGGUGUUCACUUACUACUGGCGAGUCGGGGACAUUAACUACAAGAUGAGUAACUGGGGCAGGCAACGCUCCCUCAGGUCCGAGAGCUUCUACGUCUUCCAGGAAGGAUACAGGAUGUAUAUGAGGAUUUAUCCUAACCACAGAGGAGAGAAUGUCUACGUUCAUGUUGGAUUAACUGAGGGUGACUACGACUCCACGCUUGACUGGCCCUUCAAACUCAAGCACAGAAUUAACAUUCUGGACCACGGCUUCGACCCAGAGGACCUGACCAGCCGCAUCUGGGACCCGACUCAACUCUGCUCCGGCUGGCACUGGAGGCGGCCCGGCUCGGGCGACAACUACGAAUGCGUUGGCCUCGGGUUCACGAAGGAGACACUUCGAUCCCGCAACUACAUCAACAACGACGCCGUUGUUAUUAAGCUGACUGUCUUUCUGAGCACGUAAGCGGCGUUAGCGAUUGUCGUAGUAGAUUCGGUGGUGGUAGUAGACCGGGUUAGGGUGAUGUUGAUGAUAGUAAUCAGGGAUAAAGGUUAUAGAAGGUGGUUAUUGAUGCAAUUUCAGGCUGAAAUAGAGAGACAGGUAUGGAAGAAAAUUGGUGGUGGUUGGUUACAAGAAAUGUGACUCUAAAACAAAUUACUGCCACGCUAUAGAACAGGGAAAUGGAAUAACGAAGUUCUAAGGGUGCAGAGCGCAGAGAAGAAUAAAUAUGGAAUAAUGGCCAUAAAGAUGAUAAAAAAGGAUUUUAGAGAAAUCUUAAAAUAUUUUCACAUCCACGUAAAUAUCUCUCUCUCUCUCUCUCUCCCAGUGAAUGUAAGGUAGAGUAGAAAGGGUGAGAGGUAGAGUAGAAACCUGAGAGUGUGGUCAUAUAUUAGAAUACGAGAAGAGAAGGGAAAUGGGAAGAAGAGAGUAAAGGGAAGAAAGAGGAAGGAAAUGAGGAGGAGAAAAGGAGAAUCAACAUAUAAAGAUGCAAAUAAGAACGCUGAAAUGGUGGUGAUGGUGAUAGUGGGGAUGGUGGAAGUGAUGACUUAAGGUGAAGAUAGCAAGAACAUCGUAAAAUGUUAUCGUUGUGACCGCGUGAUAACGCAAGUCUAUCGAAGGAGUUUUCAUAGUGUUGCAAAUGAAUAUAAAUUUUGGUUAUAGCUCUUGUUCACUGCUUUAAGAUACUCUACACACACACACACACACACACACACACACACACACACACACACACACACACACACACACACACACUCAUUAAUACGCUAGCAGAAUCAUUAUUCAAUGUACUAUAAUUCUAAGGUGACAAAAAAUGUAUAUAUAUACACCUGCGAGUGCUAUAUAUCAAUACUACACCUGUCCACUUAGCUUACGAUAGCAGAUAUCGUAAGAAGGCUUCCUCUACGAUAUUAUGUCUAAUGAUCGUAUAUAUACAUUUUAUAGUUUUUAAGAUAUCACUCGCUUUGUGCUGUCAUUCUCUCUCUCUCUCUCUCUCUCUCUCUCUCUCUCUCUCUCUCUCUCUCUC